GGCGUUGAACUAUGGGAAACAGGAAGUAGGUUAUGGUAGCGUUGAGGCGGGAGGUUCUUAUGCGAGAGUCGAUUAUGGCCUGAAAUCCAGAACAUCACCGUCAGCUGCAAAAUUUCCAAAUCACAACCAUGUAUUUAUACAACCUAACACUUCAGAGAUCUACAGGGAUUGUAAUUGCUAUUCACGGCAAUUUUUCGGGGUCCAAAUUACAAGAAAUUGUUGUAUCACGUGGUAAGAUCUUGGAACUAUUACGCCAUGACCCCAACACAGGAAAAAUUUAUCCAGUUCUCUCUGUUGAAGUGUUUGGAGUCAUUCGAUCACUUACACCUUUCCGGCUUACAGGAGGCACCAAAGAUUAUGUUGUGGUUGGCUCUGAUUCUGGGAGAAUUGUGAUUUUGGAGUACAUUCCUUCAAAGAACCAGUUUGAAAAGAUUCAUCAGGAGACCUUUGGAAAGAGUGGCUGUCGCCGCAUUGUUCCAGGACAGUACCUUGCUGUGGAUCCAAAAGGACGUGCUGUGAUGAUUGGUGCUGUUGAAAAGCAGAAGCUGGUCUAUAUCUUAAACAGAGAUGCACAGGCCCGUUUGACCAUCUCUUCUCCUCUGGAAGCUCACAAAUCAAACACUUUGGUGUACCACAUGAUUGGUGUAGACAUUGGGUUUGAGAACCCCACUUUUGCCUGUCUUGAAAUUGAUUAUGAGGAAGCUGACAGUGACCCCACUGGAGAGGCAGCCCAGAAAACACAACAGAUGCUGACAUACUAUGAACUAGAUUUGGGGCUCAAUCACGUUGUCCGAAAAUACUCUGAGCAGCUGGAAGAACACGCAAACUUUCUAAUAUCAGUCCCAGGAGGAAAUGAUGGUCCCAGUGGAGUGCUGAUUUGCUCAGAGAACUAUAUCACAUAUAAAAAUCUUGGUGAUCAGCCAGACAUUCGCUGUCCAAUUCCUCGAAGACGGACAGAUCUUGAUGACCCUGAACGUGGCAUGAUUUUUGUAUGCAGUGCUACUCACAAAACAAAGUCUAUGUUUUUCUUCCUUGUGCAAACUGAGCAAGGAGACAUCUUCAAAGUCACAUUAGAAACAGAUGAAGAUAUUGUAACAGAAAUUCGACUGAAAUAUUUUGAUACCGUGCCUGUAGCUUCAAGUAUGUGCGUUCUCAAAUCUGGCUUCUUGUUCAUUGCUGCAGAAUUUGGCAAUCACUACCUAUAUCAGAUUGUGCAUUUGGGUGAAGACGAUGAUGAAGUAACCUUCAGCUCAGCUACACCCAUAGAGGAGGGUGAUACAUUUCUGUUUGCACCUCGUGCCCUGAAGAAUUUGGCCAUGGUGGAUGAAAUGGAUAGCCUUUCACCAAUACUUACUACACAGAUUGCUGAUCUGGUAAAUGAAGACACUCCCCAAAUCUACACCUUGUGUGGAAGAGGGCCUCGCUCCACCCUAAGAGUGCUGAGACAUGGUCUUGAGGUGUCUGAAAUGGCUGUGUCAGAACUGCCUGGUAACCCUAAUGCAGUAUGGACUGUAAAACGGCACAUAGAUGAUGAGUAUGAUGCCUACAUCAUCGUGUCCUUCGUCAAUGCCACUUUGGUUCUUUCCAUUGGUGAGACUGUAGAAGAAGUAACAGAUUCUGGUUUUCUUGGGACAACUCCAACCAUCUCCUGUUCACAGCUUGGAGAUGAUGCACUUGUGCAGAUCUAUCCUGAAGGUAUUCGUCACAUUCGCGCAGAUAAGCGUGUAAAUGAAUGGCGCACACCAGGAAAAAAGAACAUCACCAAAUGUGCUGUAAAUCUCCGUCAGGUUGUUAUAGCCCUUUCAGGAGGAGAGCUGGUGUAUUUUGAAAUGGAUCCGACAGGACAGUUGAACGAAUAUACAGAGAAAAAAGAGAUGUCUUCAGAUGUUGUGUGCAUGGCACUGGGGCGUGUGCCAGCUGGAGAACAGCGCUGCCGAUUUCUGGCUGUGGGGCUGGCUGAUAAUACUGUGAGGAUUAUCUCACUUGACCCCAAUGACUGCUUAUCACCACUAAGCAUGCAAGCUCUACCCGCCCCAUCUGAAUCUCUGUGUAUCGUGGAAAUGGGUGGCACUGAAGCCAAAGAAGAAACUGGAGAAGCUGGAAUGCAAGGAGGUCUCUAUUUAAACAUUGGUUUGCAGAAUGGUGUGUUGCUGAGGACUGUUCUGGACACUGUGACAGGCGACUUAUCAGACACUCGCACUCGAUAUCUGGGAUCUCGACCAGUAAAACUCUUUCGCAUCUCUAUGCAAGGAUCUGAAGCUGUAUUGGCCAUGUCUAGUCGCACAUGGCUGAGCUACACUUACCAGAGCCGUUUCCAUCUUACUCCUCUGUCAUAUGAGACUUUGGAAUAUGCUUCUGGCUUUGCCUCCGAACAAUGUCCAGAAGGCAUUGUAGCUAUAUCCACCAAUACUCUUAGGAUUUUGGCAUUGGAGAAGCUAGGGGCAGUGUUCAACCAGGUGUCUUGGCCCCUUCAGUAUACUCCCCGAAAAUUUGUCAUCCACCCAGAGUCCUCCAAUCUUAUCAUCAUUGAGACUGAUCACAAUGCAUACACGGAAAAGACCAAGCAACAGCGCAAACAGCAGAUGGCAGAAGAAAUGAUUGAGGCAGCACAGGAGGAAGAGCAAGAGCUUGCUGCAGAAAUGGCAGCACAGUUUUUGAACGAAGAGCGCCCAGAGAGCAUAUUUGGUGCACCAAAGGCAGGAGCAGGCAUGUGGGCUUCUGUUAUACGCAUCCUUAACCCCAUCUCUGGCCAGACCCUGCACAAGGUUUCUUUGGAGCAGAAUGAAGCAGCCCACAGUUUGGCACUCGUGAAGUUUGCCAACAAGCCAGAUGACCAGUAUCUCAUUGUGGGCAUUGCUCGUGACCUGGUUCUGGCCCCACGUUCUUUGACUGGAGGGCUGCUGCAUACAUAUAAAGUCACAGAAGGGGGCAGCAAGUUGGAGUUGCUGCAUAUCACCCAUGUUGAGGAUGUUCCGGGUGCCAUAAGCGCAUUCCAAGGUCGAGUAAUGAUAGGGGUCGGCAAAUAUCUUCGUAUCUAUGACCUUGGCAAAAAGAAACUUCUGCGAAAAUGCGAAAACAAGCAUGUACCAAACUUUAUAGUCAGCAUCCAUACAUCGGGCCAUCGUGUGGUGGUAGCAGAUGUGCAAGACAGUUUUCAUUUUGUGCGAUAUCGGCGACAGGAGAACCAGCUGAUUGUGUUUGCCGAUGACACCAAUCCGCGUUGGGUCACUUGCUCAACUUUGCUGGACCAUAACACUGUUGCAGGAGCAGAUAAAUUUGGCAAUAUUUCUAUUAUUCGCUUGCCUCCUGAGCUGAGUGAUGAUGUUGAUGAAGAUCCUACUGGAAACAAAGCUUUGUGGGACAGAGGUGUACUCAGUGGGGCAUCACAAAAGGUGGAAGUUAUUUCCAAUUUCCACAUUGGAGAGUUGGUAACCUCCCUGCAGAAAGCUACACUCAUCCCUGGAGGAUCCGAGGCCUUAGUCUAUACUACUCUUUCUGGUGGCGUUGGCAUGCUUGUGCCAUUUACUUCCCAUGAGGACCACGACUUUUUCCAGCACCUUGAAAUGUACAUGCGCUCUGAGUACCCAUCAUUGUGUGGUCGUGACCAUCUAGCAUACCGCUCAUAUUAUUUCCCUCUCAAGAAUGUCAUUGAUGGAGACCUCUGUGAGAUGUUUAACUCAAUGGACAUCAGCAAGCAGAAAUCUGUAGCUGAAGAAUUGGAAAGAACACCUAGUGAGGUAUCAAAGAAGCUGGAAGAUAUUAGAACUCGUUUUGCUUUCUGAGUGCUUGUGAAGAUUCAUAAGGGAAAAGACAAGAUACCUUCAGGCUUCAGCUUUCAGAAUUGUAAUGUGUGUUUUGAUGAUCCAGAGGGGCAAUGGUUGUGGCACAAUCCAGCCAUCCUUACCUUCUGAGAUCGGUUGAUUUGUAGGUAAUUCAAGAUGCUGAAAAGACAGUCUCACAAAUGAUUGUAAGGUACAAUGUGUGUGUGCAUGCAUGCGUGUAUGUUUUGUUUUGUUUUUUUGUUUUUUUUAAACAGAAAUAAUGUUAUAUUUUGUAUUGUGAAGUUUAGCAUUUUCUCAAGUAAGAAUGCAAAGUGUUUCAAGUUAACUAAUGUUUUUAUAUGUACAAUGUUUCUUAUUUAAAGUUAUAAUUCCUUUAUCAUAAAGCAUUGUGAAUAUGCACUUAAAUGCUCUUUGGCAAUAGUCUCACCAUGUUUAUAUUAAAUGAAAGAAAAAAGUA